GACCUCCAAAACCCACGGAUUGGCCAAACCACGGCACCCAUUUCAUUCGGGCGACCGACCGGUGAUGGGGGGAAGAGGCGCCGGAGCAGGAGCCCAGCGUGAAAUUGGGGAAAUACGUGGGCAGGAAAUCGGAUCAUUCCUGUCCGGGGGAUCACGUGACCUGGGAGAUCCUGCUGUUGCCGGAGGGCGCUUGCCGGAUCGAGUGCAGAUCCGAGUUGUCACCCUCCAAGGGCGGCACCCAGGCGUGGCAGGUCGAAGGGACCUGGAUUGAGGAGGAUGAUGAUGUGGUGGUGACCAUCACCAAGGAGGACCCGUUAGGAGGCCCCAAAUGUGAUCGUGACAUCGAGUUGUCGGUGGAUGAUCCUCGGCUUCCGUUGUCAGGGCGCCAAGUGUCAGUGGACGAGCCCCCCACCGGACGAGUUCUUAGAAGCCAUGGCGGCGUUGAGCUUGAAGGAGCUGAAAGCCAAAGCCAUCGGCUUCGGCUUGGACCCCACCGGAUGCAUCGAACGAGAGGAGUUCUUGGAAUUGCUCCGGAGAGGGCGGGACGCCGGAGUGCUCAAGGAGGCCGUGGCCGCGCCAUCGCCCACCUCCCCGGCCUCGGCCGCUUCGGGCUCCGUGUCCAAACCGGAGGCCAGCGUUCCUACGGAGAGUCCAAGUCCGAGCCCAGUUGCCAGUUCAGGGAAGGCUGCCGAGGCUGCCAGCACGACCAGCGCAGCAGCAGAGGAGAUCCCUGAAGGUUGCUACAGCUUGGAGCAACUGACCGACAAGCGAACCUGGGAGAAGCUGGAUGUGGUUUCCACCGAGCGAGAGACCUACUUGCCGGAUGGAAUCUUCCAGCAACUCUUUGGAAUGUCCAAGGCCGACUUUGCAAAGAUGCCAAAGUGGAAAAAGGAGAACGCCAAGAAAAAGCAUGGGCUCUUUUGAGCUCCGAUUUCAAGGGCUUCGACGAGCAGCCUCUGACAGGUUUGUCGAGCCGUUGGUCUCUGACGGUCGACAGAAUUUCCCAAUUCUUUAGUUUGCAAGCGCAGUAGCCCAUUGGCAUUUGGUGAUUUCAAAUGGGCUUGUUCUCUCCA